AUGCAAAACGGAACUGCUUUAGCAGAUCUAAUUCGACUGAGCAGUCGAUUAAUGGCUAGUCAAGACACUAAAAUUGAAGAAGAAAGUAAUACCAAAUUGUGUGGUGGCUUUUAUGAAAAUGCAGGCCAAGAAAAUGAUUAUGAUCAAAAAACAAGCUUAGAAGAUCAGGAAAAAAGUCUUACAAACUAUUUGUAUACUUUUAUUAAAUCACAAGCAACAAUUGCUCUCGAUGAACCUGGUUUGAUUAGAGAUGACGAUGAGAGUAUAUAUGAAGAUGAAGAUUCGGAGACUAAGACGAUCUUUCGUUCUUCCUCAUAUGAUGAAUUGGUUGAACAAUCUGUAUUUAGCACGUUUAACGAAAACAACACAGAUGAAUCCUUUCAUAGUUUUCGAUCAGAUGAUUUUUGUGAUAUGGACUCUGAGCAAAAACGUGAAAACACGAAACAGCUUGCAAAUUCUAAUAGCAAUGUGUUACCACCGAAGUUGGUUAUAAAAGAGUAUCAGGAAGAUAAAAAAAAUGAAUAUAUGUACUUGUCUAUUGGUAGUGGAGAAAGUGUGCAAUUUGAUGAUGUGAUCCUUGAUGAUAUCAUAUGCGAUUGUUCCUCGUCAAAUUCUGAAAAAGGUGAAACGAAGGAACAUGAUGAUUUUACAAGUUUGACUUCUGAGUCAGAAAUUCAGAAGAUAGUUGAUACAAUAGUUAUGAAGCUGAAGCUUCAAUUGGAGCCAAAACUUAGAAAACUUUCCAAAGAGGCUGAAAAGUAUUCCAUUAUCAAACAAAUAUACAAUUUGCCCAGUAUUUCUAAUAUCAACGAAGAAAUCAAAAAAAACUUCAACCCCAAACCCAAAUCCUACUCCCUCGAGUUUCAUGAUGAUGUUAUUCGAGAAAUGGUUGGAAGAGAAAUUUCGGAAUAUGGCAAGGUAAAGGAUCCAAAAAAAGGAGGUUCAUCUUUUCCUGUUAUAAGCGCAAAUGAUCAAGUGAAGCUCAAUUUUAAUAAAUACAGGAAAUUAGAUCUCAUAGUAGAGGAAGACGAAAUUUCUCUAGAUUCCGUUGUUGUAACAUAUAAUCGUGACAAGGACAGGAGGAAAAUAAAGGAUAUUGAGAGUGAUAAGCUGAUAAAUAUACUUCGGGAACUUAGGCGUGGAACCUUCCCCGAUCUCAACAAAGUCAACAAUUUAGUUUCUUUGUUCGAAGGAUGUAAGGAUUCAUCCCUUGAGCCCAAGUCUGUAAACACGUUAAGCAACAAAGAUCUGAAACAGGAAAUCUUAAAAGAGCUACAUACCCGUAAUAUUAUUUAA